CUCUCAAACGCGGCUUCGAAGAUGAAGAAGAGAGCUCCGAGAGGCGGCGCGAAGGCCGGCGUUCUCCGGUCCCCGCUCCCAAUGUCGUCCCCCAGACGCUUCUCCAAGGAGCCUUGUAAGCCCUUCGACUUCGAUCUCACCUUCAGAGCCACCUCGUCCAAGAAAACCCUCUCAUCCUCGCCCCUGGUCCGCUCUCCUGCUUCCCCGAUACCUAAAACCCCAGCCAACAUCUCCGAUCUGAAAGAUCUUGCCAACUCUCGAGCAAAUGCCCUGAAGCGACACCUGGAUCUCUUCCAUUCUGAGGCUCUCAAGGAGAUCAACGCCUCCGAGUCCAGGAUCUCCAAACGCUUCAAGAUGCAGGCACAAUCAUGUACGCAAUUGAUAGCUGAAGCAGAGGAGGAACACAAGAAGCUGUCUGGGAGGAUAGUUGAGAAUAUGGAUUUGUUGAAGGCUUCUUAUGUGGAGUUUCUCACAGAAGCACAAGCGACCGCAACUCGUGUGUGCAAAGAAAAGAUUCCUGAGCUUGCUCAAUCUGUGGAAAAAGCAAUUGAUAACCUGCGCAGCCGUUGUAGAAUUCCAGCAAGCCCAAUCCAGUAAUUCACACUCAGGCCUUCAGAUUGUAGAAAUUCCAAGUUGUAAUUGCGGAGCAACCCCAUCUGGAAGGCUAUCAGGGUCAAAAUAUCAUUGAAUUUGAUGUGGCAAUCUAUGUAAGUUUUUGAUGUUUGUUCUUUUCUACAGCUUUAAGUUUCAGUCGUCUUUGUAGCUGCAUGCAAUAAUGACCUUACACCAAAAAAGGACAUAGGAUAAUCAUUGCUCUCGUUAUAGUUUCAUCACAUGUUUGGAUGUUCCUCCAUGCUGUCAAUGCAGUCCUUAGACAAGGUGCAGGUGCUGUAGUUGGAGU